AUUCUUGUGCUAACUAAAAUCGAAGAAACAAUUGUCAGUUUUAUGUGUAUUAUUUGUGAAUUGUCAUAUAUGUACUACAUGAACUAUAUGUCUCAACAAGUAUUGGAUUGUUCUAAUAAUAUUAUCAUAACUAUAUUUCACACGAAUUGGUAUAAAAUGCCUGUUCCCAUCCAAAAAUUGAUUUUAAACAUUAUGUUAAAUUGCAACAAACCAUUCUUGUUUACUUUCUUCAGUAUUUACUAUCCAACAGUGGAAGGUUUUGCAUCGGUAUUUUCACUAUUAUUUUAUAGCUAAUAAUUAAUGUCUUAAUAAUAUAUAUUUCAUCGACAUUUAUUUUU